AUGGCUUCCAACGUCGAGCUGCUCCAUGGCCAGCAGAAGCCCGAGGUCAUCGUUGUUGACGACGAUGUCGACGCACCUACUCGACCGGCUACUCCCCAAGAGACAGGUCCUCAAGAUCCUCCCCAGGUGACAUUACCUUCCACCGAGAUUCCACAAUCACCCAUCGAUCCGAAUGAGUCCUUCAAGACCGAGGUCAACGACGAUCGACCUCCCGUUACUGUCAUCCCAUCAUCUCUCACUCCGCCUCCCUCGACACAGGUCAACAAUCACAACGCCAGCCAGACCGGACCUUCUAAACGUACCUUUUCCAACUCUCAGCAGUCGAACCUCUUCUCUCCACCCGCGACCAUCCUCAACAACAUCCCCGAACGUCCCUUGACGUCCGAAUAUGUCCCACCCGCCUCCCAGCAGGUGCUCGAGGCUUCGGCCGACGAGCUCCGUACCAUGCUCCAGACAUGUAUCACAGAGAACCAAAAGCUCAAGAUGGAGACAGCUCACCACAAGUUGCAGUACAAUUUGUUGAGCCUCCAGGCUGACGAGGACUCAAAGCGAGCGGCUGUAGAGCACGAGAUGAUCCGUCGCGAGGUGGACGCGCUGCGGACCGCGGAACACACCCGCCAGGCUCGGAGGGAGCUCAGCACUUCGUCUGAGUCAACACAAGCAAAGUAUCUGCAGAUGAAGAUGUGGUACGAGACUGCCCUUGAGGACAACACGACGCUUCAACGUCGCGUCAAGACCGCCAAGAAGGUCAUACAGCAGAAGGAGGAGGAAAACAUGGCCCUCGCAGAAGAGCGAGACGUUCUUCUCAACCGGAUACGCGAGAACCGAGAACGAAUGCAGAUGCUCUGUAGCCCUGGCGGUAUAUUUCACGGAGCCCUGACCCCCAAGCAGCAGAUGGCGGCAGCUUCGACACCACACCGCAACUCACAUCGCCAAGCCCCUCGCACACAAGCACGCCAAAGGGACGGAGAAUAUGGCCUCUCUGCUCUCUUGCAGGCCAUGAGCCAGGAUAAUAACAGCGCUCCUUCGACUCCAAUGGCUUCACAUAAACCCGCGCCGCGGCAUGUUGGAAGGCACAGCCGCAAUGCCCAGUCCAUGUCUUCGCUGCCUACAACGCCUAUGAACCGGCCUCUAGGCGCACAUGGUGGGCUCUUGCCCUCAGUUGACUUGGUCCCUCAGUCGGAGCCUCAACGAUACACACAACGGCAAUUCAUCCCCACAACCCCAGUUGCCAAGACGGACAGUCGACGCAAGAGUCGCGAAAGCACGAUCUCGAUUGACGACACUGAAGAACUGGCCAGACAGGCUCUAGAAUCAGUUGCUGCAGCAAAGUCAUUCGCAUCACAGGCGUCACAAGGCUCACAAUCGCGGAGCCACGAGGAAGAAGACAAGGAGGUGUUUGACAGCCAGGCUAGUCAGGCGGCCACGGAAUUGCUGCGGCGGGAUCCACGUCAGAGUUUUGAGGUGGCCAGCUCGGCGGGAUCAAGGGACGGAACGCCAGGUCCUGUCGAAAAGUCAGCACGGAUGCAGGCCAAGCUGCUCUCGAACUAUAAGGGAGACCCCGAGAAGCGCAAGUUCAGUGGUAACUAUACAUCGACUGAAGAAGCCCGACGGGAUCAGGGAAGCCCAGCUAAGAAGUCGCGCGUGACGGGGUCAUUCGUUGACGAGCGUAGAAGACUCGGUCUUGGAAUCCAAUACGGCCAGUAG